AUGGCUGGUUUAUGGAAGUUAUUUUAUAAUAUGAAGGUUUUCAAAAGGCUUUUGCUUUCCUCUAAAGGCUUAUUCUCAUUGAGAACGUUUUUUCUCAAAUUAGAUCAAAGGCCUCAACUAACCAUUGCUGAUGCAGUGGAAUCGAUUGGAUUUGGAAAAUUUCAAUGGCAUUGUAUGGCGUUUCUAGGAUCUAUUUGGUUUGCCCGAACGAUGCAAAUCGCAAUGCUAUCCUUACUUGGACCAUUAUUGGUCUGUGAAUGGGGUAUAAGUACAACAGAAGAAGCCCUAAUUACUGGAGCAUUCACUUUCCUUGGUAUAGCAGUUGAGGGUAUACUAGCAUACGUCCUCCUGAAAGCAUUCAACUGGCGAAUAUUGCUAUUUGUUACAACGGCACUUUACCUAAUUCCUAUUCUAUUAAGCUCGUUCAUUGUAGAGUCUCCUCGUUAUUUAUUAUUGCAAGAAUUUAAAGGUGAAGUAAGUAAGAUUAUAGAAGAUGCUGCCAGGUUGAAUAACAGACCAACUCCCAACGGAAAUUUGGUUGCCAAUUUCGAGCAAAGUGAUGGUAAAUUUAAAGACCUGUUCAAACCAGCGUAUAUAAGAACAACCAUAAACUUAUGGCUAAUAACAUUCUGUAUGAUCACAAUUUACUUUGGUGCCGUAUGGGUGACUCCGCUUUUGGCUAAAGUUGACAGCUGCAAUAGUAAACAAGGAGCCACUGGCAUUAGAUGCCACUGCAAAGAAAUGGGUCCUGCGAAUAUCAUAGCCAUUAUUAUCAGUGGUCUUGGAGAGCCUUUUGGUGUGAUAAUAAUUUGUAAAAACUGGAGUUUAAACUUUGUUAGAUACGCGUUCAUAUUGUUAACAAGAUCUUGUGCCUGCUUCUUAACCGAUGUUCCAUUUAUCUAUACCUCGGAAAUUUAUCCGACAAAAUUCAGAGCAAUUGGUCUAGGCUCCGCUACAUCAUUUAGCGGAUUAGGCAAUAUCUUUUCAUCAUUUAUUGGUCAGGCGCUAUUUUCAGUUUCUAAUACCGCCACGUUAGCUACUUUUGCUGGAAUAGCAGCUAUAGCAGUUAUUUGUUCUUUAUUAAUAAAGGUUGAAACAAAAGGAACCUUGCUUAAAGUUAGUUUUUAA